GGCCAUCGAGUUUCUGAUUGGUUUACGAUGCCGUCGGUCAGAACGGUAGGGACAGAAGGGGCGGGACUCUUUUCUGAGCUGUGGGUACGCUGCGGCAUCCAGAAAAUAGAUAAACAGCAUAUGCUAACCUAUGAUUUACGCAACUAAGUUACAAACUCAUCCAACUAGAUACUGACACGCCAAAUUGGCAAAUAGAAGAUGCCAGAGAGGAACCGCGCGCUUGUCUAGUGAUUUACAUGCGUUUGCACAUCAACCCAUCACGGACUGCAAGCUAGUUAGCAACAUGAUGAUGGCCAGCUGAACAUUGUUGUGCCUUCAGCUUUUGGAAUUGAUUGCGCUCACGGUUUAAUGACUUAACCUUCGUGCUUUGCUGCUUUGAAUGUUGCCUUUCCAUGCAUCCUAUACUCCUAAACUUGUCUGGAGCUGCUUUGGUUGUGGUGCUUGUCCGCCAUCAAGCUAAGCUAACAGCACAGGAAUAGUGUGCAUGGGCCAAACCCCUUUCACAUAUUAGCUCGCAGCUAACCAGCCGCUGGAUCUACAAGUUUGGACCAGAAGUGGAGAGUUUUCUGGAAAGAUACUCGGUGCUGGUCGAACAAGCAGAAUGUUGGUUUGCAGAAACCCACGGAUCAUUUCUUUAGAGAUUGAUCGAGACCUACAUUGACCCUUAACAACAACGACACAAACCCCUGUCUUUCUAAAUAGGCUGCAAAAUGCACAUAGUAAACUAAGACAUUGAUCUGAUUCGUCCGUUUCAACGAUGUAGCUUUGCAACCUACGUGCUUUUUGUGGCAUAUGUACAAAGACAAUAACGAUGAACAAUCAAGGAAUCAUGUCGCAAGAGAAGAUGGAGCUGGACCUGGACAUCCCAUCGACACUUGUUCAGAGCGAAGGGCACUUGAGACGAUCUAACAGCGAACCCAUGAUAAACGGCCUAAGUGAUGCUUCACAGGUGUUCCAGAGGGAGGUUCUCCGCAGCAGAAGAAACAGUACUACUGUUGUUCGACCUAAUGUGGUUCCAUCUUCGCCAGUACGUGUUCCUAGCACAAGACUACAGAAAAUCAAACAGGAAGAGGGUGUUGAUGUGAUGAACCGUGAAACUGCUCAUGAACGAGAGGUGCAGGCAGCCAUGCAGAUGAGCCAGUCUUGGGAGGAGAGUCUUAGUCUGAGUGAUAAUGAUCUUGAGAAAUCUUCAUCGUCAUCUCCAAAGCGGAUUGAUUUUGUACCUGUGUCUCCAGCUCCUUCCCCCACCAGAGGGAUAGGAAAGAAGCAGUGUUUCUCUCCAUCUCUUCAAAUCCUGGUGAGCAGUAACGGUCUGACGCCCAGCCCAGUUCCCAGCCCAACACGCCGCUUCAGUUUGCCCAACAGGAGGAGUCAGAGCCCGAUCAACUGCAUCAGGCCCAGCAUAAUGGGCAACCUCAAACGCAAAGGUGAAAUGGAGACAGAAAGCCAACCCAAGAGACUCUUUCAGGGAACCACCAACAUGCUGUCCACAGAGGUGUCCCACUUGCCUGAACUUAACACUUGUCUGUCUCCAGAUUUUUUGGAUGGGAGUCUCAGUAGUGUUGGCUCAUCCUCAGAUUCGCCCGCCAAGAUGGAAGGAGUGUCGCCCUCCUCCAGUAACUCUCCCCUCACACCCCUCCAGGACCUUUCCCCUAAGUGAUCACAGACAUCAGAGGAGGAUUGGGGCUGCUUCUCAGGCCCUCAUCCACUCAUUUUUACUUUCUUUUCCAAUGCCUUCCCAACAUGGCUUCUGUUCUCUUCACAAAUUGUCCUGUUACAUUUAAAGAAAAGCGGCCCAGGAGUGUUUUCGGUAUGGGACAGACCCUAAGGGCAUGGAGAAACUUUGGAUGCUUUUUGCAUCAGCUGCUAUAAAUAGACGAGACAUGAUGUAUAGAUCUGUAUCAAAGCGAUCAACAUCACAGAGGAGGAUCUUGGAUAUUUGUUUUGUUUUUUUUGGUCCCUCAAUAUAGUAAUUAUCUUUUUGAUAACGCUUUGAAAAGAAAACCGCUGUAAACAGGAGAACAACUACAGGUGCAUCCUUUGAUUUACAAUCUCAGCUUGCCAACAGGUAUUGUGUAUGAGGAUUUAACUUAUUUUUUUUAUUUUUAUUUUUUGCUUUAGUUUUAUUUGUAUGUAAGUAUGUACAUAAGAUUUGUGGCAAAACGCUUGACCGGCAAACUGACAGCCGCCUCUUCUGGAGUUUUAAUAGCGGUGCAACUGCACUUUAAAGGGGCUGAAUAUCAUUUUGGGCUUUGUUCUGAAUCUGCAUAUUUAAUUUUUCAGGAAUUGCCUUUUCUUGAUUUUCAAAUGGGUGGAGGAAAUGUAUUUUUCACAGAGCUUAGCACUUCGUUCUCUGUUAAAAUGAUGUUAUGGUUGCUGUACACAACUAAUGCAGAUGGGAUUUAAUAUUGCAGCUGUUGGUAACCACUAAAUCCUUAAUUUGAACACUACAGAGAAACUAAACUGCCUGUGUUUGUCAACCUAAAUACAUGCGUACAACUGUUAUUUUCACAGCUUCCAGGCAAUGGAGCAAAACAUCCGGGCUGGGUUAAGUGAUUGAAUGUUUUUAAUUUUCAAACGGUGGCUUUGCCGUUUCUGUUCUGGAAGCAUUUGGAGAAUUCGCUCUACAGGUACAGAGUUGAAUGCUUUUUUUCAGUGAUGUUUUUCAGAGGCUGUUCACACUGACCCAUUUUGGCAGUUUAAUAGUUAAGAAGUGCAAAAAGACGAAACCCUCCCAUCGAGAGUCAUUUGUGGAGUUAAAGUUUUAAAUGUAAUCUACUGAUACUGAAAUGGUGUGCCAUUAAAUUUGUAUAUAAGAGAAAUGUACAACUGUAAUUGUAGAAGUUAUUCAUUUGGGGUUGUAGUUACUUUAGGAAAUAGUAUUUUCUUUUGUAAAUGGUUUCUCUAAAUUUCAUUAAAAGAAAUUGCUUUAUUUCCUCAAGCAUGAUAUAAUGUAUCAUAAAUUCAUUUUUGUGUGCAAGAAAGUGAUUGUAAAAUCCUCUUCCCCCCCCUUCCAUUUUAAAGUGGUUUGGAAGUGGUUUUUUUUUUUUUUUUUUUUUUCUUCCUUCCCCACACAAGAAAAGAUGAAACCGCAGUGUAAAAUUUUUUUUUUUUUUUUUUUUUUUUUUUUCCUGAAUGUCUUUGCAAACAAAAAAAGUGGGUCAUGUAGAUCCAGAUUCUGUCCUGUAGUAAUGGGUGAAGUGUAUUUGUAGUUUGCUUUGCUGGUUUGUUUUUUGUCCUGUGGACGUGUCGAAUUCUUUAUUUAAUGAUUUUACUCUGUCCUGUUGACUCAUACAGUACUUUUAAAGCCUGAGCAUGUGAACUCUAUUGAAGACCUGAGUCGUGAGAAUGUGUAGUUGUUCUCUACUCUUCCUAAACAAAUCUUGUUCCCAUCAUAUCAGAGACUUUCAGAUCUCAGAAAUAAAUUAUUUGUCCGGCUAUUUUAUUGCCUUGUCUCGUGAUAUCAAACUUGUUCCUGCCCUUCAGUGUUUUCUGUGUGGUUAUCUUGUCUUUAAAAACACAAUUGUCAUAACAGAGGUGGUCUUUUUUUUUUCUCAGACUGUGCUGAUGCAUUUCCACAAUUAACUUUUGUAAAUCCAUCAGUUAUCCUUAAUGUUUUAUUGCUAACUGCAAAAAUACAGUAAAAACAGUAAUAUUGUGGAAUAUUACAAUUUAAAAUUUUCUAUUGUAAUAUAUUUUAAGAUGUAACUUUCUCCAGUCUUCAGUGUCACAUGAUCCUUCAGAAAUCGCACCAAUAUGCUGAUUUGCUGCUCAAGAAACAUUUAUCAAUGUUGAAAACAGUUUGUGGAAACUUUUUUUUAUUUUCAGGAUUUUUUGAUGAAUAGCAAGUUCAAAAUGACAUUUGUUUCAAAUAGGAAUCUUUUGCAACAUUAUGAAUGUCUUUACUGUCACUUUUGAUCAACUUUCGAUGCUUCCUUGCUGAACAAAAGUAAUAAAUUCUAAUAAAUGAACUGAUCCCAACCUUUUGAAAAGUAGUAUACAUUUGCGUAUAUCACAAUGUCUUGCAUUAUAGUAUACUGGGAUUAAAUUAUAGAAACUAGUUAAAACUCCUGUAAAGGGGUUUCUGUUAGUUUCUGAUAAUAGUUUGAUAAUGUGAAAAGGGUGCAAAGAGGAAUAAAUGUUCAAUCUUGUUCUUGAAACUUGUAGUAACUGCCCAAAAUAAGACAUUGCAUUACUACCUGCCUACUGGAUAUCUAAUCCUGUUUCCUCUACAGUCCAAACCUUACACUACAUUAGUUAUGUUAGUUACGUCAGUUUUCAGGAAGGCAGAUCUAAAUGCUCUUUGUGCCACAUGUGAUUUCUAAAACAUUCAUCACUGCAAUGUUGCAUAUUGAUUCUUAAGCUAUAAGAACUAUGAUUAAGAAUAAUUGAUGUCACUACUAAUACUUUUGAAUGAAAAAAUUCUAGGAAAUGCCUUUAAAAAUCAAUUUACUUUAUUUUAUGUUGUAUAAGGUUUAAGCAGUAGACAAACACUAGAACAUUUUCAGCCUUGAAAUAAGCAACAGAAAUUCACAGACACUGAAUAUUGACGUAUAACGACACAUUUAAUUUCAUGUAUUCAUGUUCCUCUACACCCCCUCCCACUUAACAUAAUAGUCAGCCGAACCUAAUGCCAGCUCAGUCGGUUUUGGGCCUGUAAACACAAAACGCUCCCCCUCCCCUUGCCCAUGGAUCUUUGCGUCUUCAUUGUGUUUGCGAUGAUCGUUUAAGAAGUUAGUUCCUGUUUACAGGGAGUUUCUCAGACAUACUCCCUCCAACGUCACAACCCUCCUGGCUGUUAAUGUCCAUAUCUCCCCUCUUCAUCUUCUUAUUAGUUCCAUCCAGCAAGAUUGUUUCCAAGAGCACUUCAAGUGCGCAGAAUAACCAUUGUAAGAAGACCU